AUGAAAUUUUUAGCUUUUUUAGUUUUCUGCGUUCUGGCGCAAUUUGAAGACAAGAAUAGAGACGCUUGCAAUGAAAUUGGCGGCUACCUGAACCGGCUGGACCAAAUUCAAAACUUCACGAUCGACCUGAGCCACCGCGUUCGCGACCUGGAGGUGCGUCAAACGACGAACCCGCGCGAGUUCCUGCGCCAAAUGGCGAUCCUCUUCACCGACAGAAUCGACGUCAUGAAAAGCGACAUGCUCGAGCAGCUGCAGAAGAUCACGAAGCACGAAGAGCGUCUGGCCGAGUUUUACGGCGAACUGAGGCAGCACAGCAGCAGCGUCAGCACCAACGGCGCCAACAUCGAAUUCAACCAGAAAAUGAUCGAACAGCUGCGCCAGAAAAUCGAGAAACUCGUUGACCAGAAUUCUGAGCAGAAUGUUUCAGAGUAA